AUGUCAACUCAAGGAGAGACCACCAGCUCAGCGGGCCAUCUACUUCAAACACCUCAGCAGAACACGGGGUUACCAAGAGGCAAACAGCUUUCCCCCGGAAAUGUUCGCAAACUGGGCCAGACGAGAAAGAUCCGACACAGAAGGGAUUUUACAGAUGAGGAAAACCCAGAAGAGAAAGCUCGACAACGCAAAGAUCUGGAGCUGACCCCCCUGUACAAGGAGUUGUUGUACACCAUUGCACACAAGAUGGGGAAAGGGUCAUCAACUCAAGUUUUCACAGAUAGCCAACUUCAUCAGUACAUCAAAGAGGCUCUGACAAUGACCCAAGCUGAGCACAAGGCUCUGACUGCAAAAGUAGACAAAUGCGAGCCGCCUAUUUACUGCUUGAUGGCCACGGUCAAGGAAGCCAAAGACAUCUUGGGUAAAGAUGUUAGCGGUUUAAGUGACCCCUAUUGCUUGCUGACAAUAUUGGAGGAUGAAGAAGAGAGGCGCACGCGUCGAUCCAGAGCCAAAGCCUCCAAAUAUGUGGUCAAAGACGCUGUGUCUGACGAUAAGAUUUAUCAGACCGACAUCAAGAAGCAGACUCUCAACCCUAUUUGGAAUCAAACAUUUACACUAGAGUUUGAAGAAAUGCUGGGUGCCAGCUUCCACCUAGAGAUGUGGGAUAAAGAUGAGGAGGUGUCACUCACUCAGAAACUGGAGGAGAUCACCACCAACUUUACCAGUUUAAGCAGAAUUAUAAAGGAAGCCAAGAAGGAGAAAGGGACUGAUGACUUUUUGGGAAAAGUUGUCAUAAAACUACAGGAUCUCCACUGUACUGAGGACAACUGGUACAUUUUGGAGCCAAGAACAGAGACGUACCCGAACCGUGGCCAGUGUCACCUAAACCUUAAGUUUAUUCAUAAAACGAGAGAUGACACACUCAGCCCAGGUCGGAGCGCUUACAUCAACUACUGCGGUAUCCUGCAACAGUUUGUUUUGUCUUACAUUUCCAAGCAAAAGAGUACCGCUCCUUGGAAAGGGGAAUUGUGUGGCGAGGCUCAGAUGCUUCUGGAGCAUUACGCUACUCAGAAUGACCUCUCACCUUUUCUGCAAGACUUGGCGAAGUGGGUGGCAUACAGUAAACUGUACCAAAGCAUCGGGGUGGACUCUUCCUUGCUGUUACAACAGUUAACUUGUGUGGAGUACCACUGGCAUCAACAGUCGUUGCCCCACCAACAGAAACAAGAACUUGGUGAUUCUCUUCAUGGUUUUCUGCAUUAUGGACUACAUCUGGUGUCAAAAUACAGGGAUGUCUUCCCCCCAACAAGCAGUGAGACUCCAAAAUUACACAUGUUGCUCAGAAUCUUAGUCCAGAUCUGCAAGACACAAGCCUUCCAGAAAAUGAACCCGGCUGAUUUUGAACUGCAUGACGAGGUGGCUGACGCGGUACAGACAGGCACACAAGAGUGGUUUACCAACAAAAAAGGUUUGCACCAGCCAAUGACGAAGGAACUUCCCGAGAUCAUUAACGCUUUAUCCAGGUUGAUUGACGAAGUAAGAGAUGACAUUAAAAUCAACAAGGAUGUCUGGAACCGAACGUUUGUCAGUGCAGUACAAGUGGAUGUGUUUACCGAAGUCUACGAGAAGUUUGACUCUCUGCUUGCUACAGAAGUGAGAGAAACCUUAUCGCAAAUGGAGGGUCGUAUUGAUCAGAAUCUAGCCAACAGCUUGUUUCCUGUUUACUUGAGCCUACAAGCCAUCCGCAAAGAAAAGGCCUUCUUACAGAAGAGGGGUUUACUAAAGCUGACAAACUUUCACGUGAGCUUCAGAGAGGCUCAGCCUUACUGGCUCAACCAGAUGUUCAACACCACCAUGAACAGAGUGGAAAGAGCUGUGAAGGUUGAUCAGCUACAGCCCCUGCACUCCGGCGGCACGCUUGUAAAACACAGUUCCUCAGCAGUGGAUCUGGUGGCUUGCAUCCAGCCAGUUUGCGACCUGUGGGAACAGAUGUCAUGGCCCGACCCUGAGGAGGCAUUCAUGCUCAUGGUCAAAAUCACAGAGGAUGUGUGUAAAAUUGUAGUGACUUACUGUCACAGUCUGAAGGAGAGAGUCAGGAUGCUCGCAGAAAACUCUGACCACGGAAGUGCCAUUAACAUGCUAUGUGUUGUGGUGAACGACCUGGAGUACCUGCGAUCUGUCCUGGCACGGCUUCCCACAAAGCUGAACUGGGCCGGGCUUCGGGAACGCACCCAACACGUUAUCGGGGAAAGUCAGUUCCACAACACUCUGCCGUCACAGGUGCAACAAGCUCAGGGCGUUCUCGAUCGGGAGAUUCGUUCCGCUUUGGACACGCUGAGCAAAAAACUGAAUACAGACAUUGAAAUUUAUGUCAGAGGAAUGUCAACCAGGAAGCGGAUUCCCUCCCAAUCCACAGAAGACGCCGUGACCCCUCUCAUGCGCUACCUGGAAAAAGAACUGCACUACAUGAACGAAAACUUGGUUGAAGAGAAUUUCAACAGUCUUCUCACUCCGUUGUGGAACAACUCUGUGAAGAUCAUCCAUCAGAUGGCUGCUGAGCAUUCGGAGCAGGAUGGACUCAUGAUCUUCUCUCAAAGGCUGCUGUACACACUGCAGUGCUUGGAACAGUGCUUCCACGGUGAGGGUAACGGCCUCUCAUUGAACACACUCCACUCUGAUGACUACAAAAGUCUCAAAGCCUAUCUUACUCAAUACUCGCUGAGCAAUCACCAGCUUGUGGAGAAGUUCCUAGAAGGCAAAAUCUGGGAGCAGAGAGUGAUUGCGGGCGAGAAAUACGGCGCCAUCACCCUUCUCGCGUCCUACAACAGAUCGGACCAAAGGCUUAGAGUUGAAGUGUUGAAUGCGGUCAACCUACUACCUAUGGACUCCAAUGGUUUAAGUGAUCCAUACGUGCAAUUGUGUCUGGAGCCCUUCCACACCUUCCCUCUAAUAGAACCGUGUUGCACUCAGAUAAAAAGCUGUGAUCUAAACCCUCUCUUUGAUGAGGCCUUUGAGUUCCUAGUUGGACUGGAUCAGUGCCAGUCUCCAGGGGCGUGCUUGGUCGUGACGGUGCUCGACCAUGACACCUUGACAACGGAUGACUUCGAAGGCGAAGCCUUCCUGUCCCUCAAAGAUAUACCCGGUGUAGCAGGAGGAGGGGAAGAAACAGACGGACUGGGCUUUCAUCCAGAUGCCCCUAUAGCCCAAAUGCGCUUACCUCUGAUACAUCCCAAAGAUAACGAAAGCAGCAUCCUGAAGUUGCUGGAGUCCAGGAAGGGCGAGCGGGAAAUACAAGCCUUUGUGAAGAAAAGGAGACAAAGACAGAAACAGUCCAAGGAGAGAUGUCAACCAUAA